AUGUUGUCAUUUCCUCAACAUUUGAUUCGUCGAGAAGAAGUGAUUUGUUCGUAUUUCAGACAAUUUGGUUCAGCACCUAAAUGGGGGUCAAAUCGUUUCCUACGAUCUCUGUACUGGGCUUGUCGAGGAUUCCAAUAUUGGUUAUGCUUCUAUGAUGAUGAUAUCGAGGUGGAUGUGGAGGAUCUUCUGUCCAAUCCGUUCAUCACACAGCCACCGUCACUCGAGCAAUUGCAGGCUGUAACUGGCUUCCAGAAGGAAUGGAUUAUGUUUAUUUAUCGAAAUUUCAAACAGCAUGAUAAGUGGCUCCGAUACGUGUCAAUAAGUGCAAUUCGUGAGAAUCCUCUCGUUCCUCAGGAUCUAAUAAUGUGUUUGUAUGAACUCACUCAGUACAGUGAUCUCCCGGCUGACACACCAUCGUCGAGCAGUGCAUCAUACUCAUCGAAUACUGUCGAGUUUGUGUUCCGCCUGAUGAAACCUGAUCAUAACGGUGCGGUCAGUCUACAAGCAUUCACCGAAUACGUACAAUGUGUUUUCAAUCUGAACUCAACUACCUCAUCAAAUGUUAGCAAUGCGCAUGCAAUUAGUCAAAUGCAUACCUCGUCACAACAACUCAGUCCCAGCGACGAAACACGUGCGAAAAUAUCUCCUGGAAUUCGGAAUUAUGCCUUGCAACAAUUUAAGGUGAGCAUUCCUUUAGUAUCGCACUGA